AUGUCAAUUAUUUUGGUACAGUGUGUUGUUAGCGGGCUAGUGCAUGUACGCGACGUCGGUGCGAAGACGUCGCCGUCGGCGGCGACGGCGGGCGGCAUCGACGUAGGGCGGCGAGGCGGGGCGCACACAUGCGGAGCUUUAUUUAGGCGGCGGGCGAACGCCGGCGUCUCGCGACCCACCGCCGCCGCCGAUCAAUACCCUCGCUGCGCCGUCGCGCGACGCUCACCGAGCGAAUCUCAACUCUACACGCGCUCCCGUUCACGACACACCAUCAAAAAUUCACACACUCAUUUUACUGAAUAA